CACCAAAGCAAGCUUCCUACUGCAAACGCUUCUCACUUGUCUAGCUUUUUCUUCUAUUGCAGAUCAAAGUUUUAACUUUUUCUUCAGUCUUCACCACGCACUUCAUUUCGAGCUUCUUUUAUUGAUUGGCUUCAUCACUAGAGAGUUCUUGGUUCUUCAUACAGAUUUCCUUCAUUUCUUAGCAAAGCUUGUACAAAUGGACAGGAUUAGAGAUCUUGCAUCCAAGAAGGCUGCGGUGAUAUUCAGCAAGACCUCAUGUUGCAUGUGCCACAGCAUCAAGUCUCUUUUUUAUGAACUUGGUGCUAGCCCUGCAAUUCAUGAGCUUGACCAAGAUCCCAAUGGGAGAGAAAUGGAGUGGGCACUUCGGGGGCUAGGGUGCAAUCCCUCAGUCCCCGCUGUGUUCAUAGGUGGAAAAUUUGUAGGCUCAGCUAAAGACGUUAUAUCCCUCCAUGUAGAUGGAUCUCUCAAACAAAUGCUCAUGGAUGCAAAGGCUAUCUGGUUCUAGCAAACAAAAAAGAAAAACUAUCCCCAAGCUGCAUUAGUAAUUGUAGUGGCAGCUAUAUGAUAAUAGCUCUAAUACUGUGUCAAAAUAAGCAUGUAUUAAGGGCUUUGCUUUUUCUUGAGUUCCUUGAGUACAUUCAACAUUGUCUUUUUUUUGGCCAACUUCAGUGUGUUGUCUUUUGAAAAAGAAAAAAACACUCAAUGA